AUGCUUGUUACAAGCUUUCGUGUUGUUUUAUAUUUUCUUCCAGGAAUCUUUGUGAGUAUGGAUCAACCGAUGAAUAUACCCGUUUAUACUGACGAGGAGUUGCUCAGUAACUGUCCUCCAGUAGAGAUACCUCCGCCAGAGAUCCCUGUUCACUUAGCGGACAACAGCGGUUCACGUCUUUUGAUAUCCAAGAUUGUAUGUGAAAAUUUCAAGUCAUAUGGUGGAAAACGCAUUUUGGGACCUUUUCACAAGAACUUCACCUGCAUAAUUGGUCCUAACGGAAGCGGAAAAAGCAAUGUUAUCGACGCUCUGUUGUUUGUGUUUGGAUUUCGGGCCUCAAAAGUGCGGUCUAAAAAGCUCAGCAGUUUGAUUCAUAACAGCGACCGACUCCCGAGCGUUGACUUCUGCCAGGUCUCCGUCUACUUUCAACGCAUUAUCGACACAGGUCAGGGAGUAAGCGAUUACGAGGUGGUUGCUGGCAGCGAGUUUGUGGUUUCGCGCAAGGCAUUUAAGGAUAAUUCAAACGCCUACUACAUAAACGAAAGUCGUGCAGGUUUCCGUGAAGUCACUAGCCUUUUGCGUCAACACGGCAUCGAUCUGGAUCACAACCGUUUCCUCAUACUCCAGGGUGAGGUGGAGCAGAUCUCUUUGAUGAAGCCAAAAGCUGCUACGGAAUAUGAAACUGGUUUUCUUGAAUAUCUCGAGGACAUAAUCGGAUCGAGCCGUUUUAAGAAACCACUUGCCAUCCUCGCGGACAGAAUUGAACGUCUAAAAGACAUUCGGUUGGAGAAGCUGGCACGUGUCAAGGCCGUGGAGAAGGAGAAGAAUGAACUGGAAGUAGUUCGCGAUGAGGCCAUGGCGUACCUUCGUCUCAUGAACAAAGUCAUACGCGUGAAAAAUGUCAUCUUUCAACAGAAUCAGAAACGCGAACUAAAGCAGGAGGCUGAACUGAAGCACCAACUAACCAGUGUAGACACUGAACUUGAGGUUAGUUACUGUCUUUUCAGGAUGCCUUGCAGACGCGGGAGCGCACCGUUUGUAUUAUUAGUGUGUCUGUACCAACAGUAA